UGUGUGUGAGAGAGAGAGAUUCUGUAGAACUAGAACAGCUGGGUUUAACUAGUAGUUUGAUUGACUAGUUCUGAGCUGUUGACACUAACCAGACGCAGCAUGGUAACAGCAGACGAGUGAGAGCAGCUCUGAGCUCCAGAGACUCUCUCGAGAAGCACAAUGUGUUGCGUGACUUCAGGAAUCACGGACUGAUCCCAGAGGAGAGGAAUAUUCCAGAUUCUCCUUCUCUCUGCUUCCGUGGAAAUGCUCUGAAUGAGUUUCUUUCGUGACCUUUUUGAUGCGCCUUUGAAGUCUGUGUGACAAUGUGAGAAAUCAGGAAAAGCCAUCAGGAUGUGAACAGAGAGAGAGAGAGAGAGACUUCUCGUGAUCUGUUUUCAGAGCUGAAUUUCUGUGUAAAGUCUCUGUUGUUAACCUCAGAUCUGCUCGGAGCACAUGAAGCACAGAUACAGACAACCAUAAAAACAGCCACAAAACACUUAACUAACCCAUCAGACACUUAACUAACCCAUCAGACUAGCAGCAGAGACAUAUCAGAAAUAACAUUUACACACACGGUCAGAUGCUGACGAGUGCUUGUUGUGUUCAGUCUUUAGCAGGUUUUGCGCUGGUGGUCAGCAGUGAUGGGAUGGUCUUCUACGCCUCCUCCACCAUAGUGGACUACCUGGGCUUCCACCAGACGGAUGUGAUGCAUCAGAACGUGUUUGAUUAUAUUCACGUGGACGACAGACAGCAGUUCAGACAGCAGCUUCACUGGGCCAUGAACCCUUCACCUGACGGAUCGGGUGAAGGUUUCGUGUUCAGCAGUUUGUUUCAGUCUGAGUCGGGUGACGUUCCUCCGGAGUUCUCCUGCUUCCUGAACCGCUGCUUCAUCCUGCGCGUGCGCUGCUUACUGGACAGCAGCUCCGGAUUCCUGACGAUGCAGUUUCAGGGAAGACUGAAGCUCCUUCACGGUCAGAGGAAGAAGACGUCGUCCGGAGCGCUUCUGCCUCCUCAGCUGGCUCUGUUCUGCGUCGCUGUUCCUCUGCUCCUGCCCUCCAUCACCGAGAUGAAGAUGAAGAGCGGCGUGAUGAAGGGCAAACACAGGAACUCCGGCGUCCUCACCUCGUUAGAUCACAAUGACAGAGACGAUCCUCUCAGUCGUCCACACAUGAGCCAAGACAGCGUCAGGUACAAGAGCGAAGGUCACUACGGUCCAGACGAGUCUGUGAUCUUCUGCAGGUCGAGCGGUCAGAGCCUGGACUGCGGCGCGUGGCCCGUGAGAAGCUCCUCGGUCCGGACGGUCGACCUGCUGCCCGGCGCUCGGCUCUGCAGACACACGCAUCGAUCAGACUCUGGAUAUUACAGUCACAGAGCUGAGGCGUACGACGACUACAGCAUCAAGAGCGAGAACUUCUGCUACGAAGCUCCCGGCGAGGGAUACGACACACACGUGAUGCUGGAGCCACCCAUAAAGAUGGAGCAAGACUCGGACUCGGAGAACGGCUGCGGACGGCCCUGGACGGAUGGGGAGCGUUACCUGAGCGGCUGUGACGGUGUGCAGAUGAAAGCGGAGGGUGGAUACGGAGAGCAGUAUUCCUGCCAGAGGAUGAAGGGAACCACGUACAGCAGUCACUAUCCCUCGAACACUUACAGCGGGACGCGAGCGCUCAAGAGCGUCCUGAACAGAGAAGCACUGACCUCACAGUGUGUGGACGCCUACGCUGCUGACUACAAAGAGUACGUACAGCACGACUACAAAACGGGUUAUGAGUUCAAAGGUCACGGGCUGCUUCACUGCAUCAAACAGGAGCCGGCUGACGCUCCGCUGUGGCUCGACGUCUCCAGCAGCGGCUCGAGGAUCAACAUGAGCAGCACACACCGGAGCAACCCCUGCGUCUUCAUGCAGUAGAGCUCCACCUUCAGUCUCAGUCUGGACACUCAUGUGCUGCCUUUCAACACACAGUCACCGUGUUACACACACACACACACACCCACUCACACACACACACGCACACACACACACACACACACACACACACACACACACACACUCACACUCACACACACACACACACACACACACACACACACACACACACACACACUCACA